AUGGCGAGUACCGUGCCUCCGGUAGACUCUCCGUGUGCGCCUCCGGAAUUGCAUGAGAGCUUCACCUCUCCAAUUAUGUUCUUUUGUCACAGUUUCAUGAGUGUCAUCAUCUUCGCAAGUUUCUACUUAUCCUACCGUGCUCUGCAAACGUUGAAAAAGCAAAAUGUUUUUGGGAUGAGCACCAAGAUCCUUCUUCAGUCUUGCAUCAUCAACGGAGUUGUUCAUCAGGCAACUACGGCAUUCAUCCGGUUCCGAGCCCUCUACCGUGCCAUUCGCUAUUUCCACGAUCCGUGUUCCAUCCAGUUCUCAUCUGCCUCCUGUGUCAUCGAAGGCCUCCUUUACUACCACACCAAUCUCUUCUGCAGUGUUGUCUGCCUUUCUCUCUUUCUUGAUCGCCUUGCAUCCACCUACAUCCACAAAUUCUACAAAUCUGUCCCAAAAAAGGCAGCAUACACCUUUAUCGUCAUUCAAAUACUGAUCCCUGCUCUCAUUCUGUAUUGGGUUUUCUACGAUGCAAUCUACAUUGGAUACGUUCCACUUUGCAACUAUCCCCCGAAGAAUUCUAAUGAGAAGUUCUACAUCGUCAAUGCCACUCGUAUUUGUAUCUUCUGGAUUAUCGCAGCUGCGUCGAUUGUUCAUUUCUACCAGAGUUUCAAACACGAAAAGAGAAUCAUCCAUGAGAAAUACGACACAAAUGCUAGAUACAAUGCAUUCGAAAACCUAUUGUGUUCCCGCGCUGUCUGUUGGAUCAUUUGCAUUCAGGCGGUCUGCCUGGCAGGGACUUCCGCCAUUCCUUCCAUCUUCAACAUCUACCGUGGAUCGAUUCCAACUGCUUGGUUCCAUGGGGCCAUCGCCUUCGCCACAGGGUUAACGUAUGCGAACUUCUUCGUCCCAAUAGUCAUCACCUUCGAAACCAACCGUAUCAUCAGACUCCGCCGAUCGAAGAUUCAGUCUCUGAGAAGGCAGACAAAUGACUUCGACUACCACCAUGACUUCAAGACUCUUCUGGAAUCUUCCUACAAGAAGAUUCAUCCAAAAACCUCAUGA